UGCGAGACCUUGGAGAACCCACCCAACCACCCAACAGCUGAAGUUAUGAGCCCCUGAGUGCAAGUACCAUGGCCAUGAUGGCUCAGGAGCGCCGCUGUGCUCGCUUUCGCCAGCUUCCUCGGCUACGGCAGCGGUCGUUCCACCCUUGCGGACUUCACUCCCAUGUCGCGGGUCUUGUGCGAGGACGAGGCAGAUUCGCCGCAGGCUGGCCGCGCAGACCUCCGCGACUCAUUUUGUGCCACGCCCACGGCUGCGAGCACGAUGGCACCAUGGCUGACGCCGCUGGCCACCAUGUCGACAGCCUGGUCGGGGGUCACCUCCUGGCGGUUCCACCUCUGUUGCGCGCCCGCGCCCGAGUCCGCUCCAGAAGAGCUCGUGGGUGACGGCGUCCAGCUCCGAGCCCCACUGCCUGAACAUGCCCUGUCGGAGCCAGUGUCACCACUCCAGCAGACGUCGCCGUCGAAGCCAGCGGGGUCGAGGCCGACGCCGCCGCGGGAGGCGCCGUCCAGGAGGAGCCCUUCGGUCAUGGCCCUGAUGUCAACGAUGGAUUCGAGCUCGUCACGGCUGCGGUCGCGGAUCCAUGAGAUGUCGACGACUGCGCUGAGCCUUUCGCACCGCACAUCCUGCAGCUCCAGGUUCGAGGGCAUGGUGCGAAGCGUGGAGGAGGGGGCCGUGAGAAAGUUUCUACAGGAGCACCGCUUCUCCGGCAUCGACCACUGCCACAGAGAGAGCCGCUGGCCGCUGUCGCGACUGUGCUGCCCGCUGUCCCUGGCGGCCGAGAGGGGGGACGUGACGCUCGUGCUUCUGCUGCUCCGGCAG